GGGUCAUCGUAUAUAAACCCAAGUUCAAGGUAUUUCUUAAGUAUUCUUGUGAUACUUCAAUACGGUGCAGUUCUUAACCAGAUAGUGCUUUAACAGUGAACAAUCCACACAACAAUCGUACAGAAUGUGUAGAGAAGCAAAAGGAUUGUCCCUGCUGGCUCUCUUCAGUAGCAGCCUGAUACUUAACACCAUUGCCUACGCCUAUCCUAAUCAACAAUCCGAACGUAAUUUCAUACCAGCCAGAGUACCACAGUUGCCAUCAGAGAGGAUAGAAAGAAAAUUCGCGGAAAAACCGAAUGCCAUUAAAAAAGUUGCUCUAAGUGAUAUCGAUGACAUCCAGAACAAUUCAAUAGAAAGUUCUGGAGGAGGAGGAUUCUCGUGGUCAAACAUUUUCGGUAUGGUAAUGCAGAUGCUUUUCAACCCAGGUGGUUCUCAAGGUCCCAAUAAAUCCGAAGGAUUGAAUGAUGGUUUAGCACCGUCUCCCUGGGCCAAUUUGCUAUCAGUUGGAUUAAAACUUCUUACUGCAUUCUUAGGAGGUGGUGCAGCAGGAGGCGACGGUAUUGAUAAGGUCGACAAUGGAGGGUCACAAACCCAGGGAAUAAUUGCUGCGAUACUGUCUACACUUAUGGGGGCUAGAAAUCCUGAUCAAGUCAGCACCAUUGCUAAGCAAGCGGGGGAGUUCUUUAACAUCGUCGUCGAUCUUUUGGAAGCUCUACAAACAUCAUUCUCGCAUCGAUCCAGAAACGCCCGAAAUUUCGGCAAAAAAGAUACCAUGAGUGACGCUGCCGUCGCUGGAAUAUCCAUGAUGAAAGGGUACGUUCGUUCCAUGUCAACAGCGGACAGCAAAUGUGCACAAAAGUAUAUGUGCGAUGCAAACAGAGAAUGUUCAACUGACAUUGGACAAGGAUCGAUAUUUUGUCAUUUGGGAGCAUACGCAGCCAGUUUUCUAAUGCAACAAACGACAGGCAACAGUUUCGAUAUCUUGUACGAGGCUGGAAGGAGAGGCAGGUCAGGGGACGAUUGUCAGCAAGCCUUCCUUGAAUGCAACGAAGUCUGAUUGUUAACGCAAAGUACUUAGUCGUUUUAUUUAACACCGAUACAGACUUUUUUAACUUAUCGUUAGUGCUUCUUUUUAAAAGACUAUUUGUUAUCGUCGGCCUAAAACUCCAUUAAUUUAUGUCAAUAUUCCGAGUAGAUUUACAGUAAAAGAGAAUGUUGUUUCGGGGCGCAAAAGUAGGAGCUCACAAUGAGAUUGUUUAAAAAAAAUAUUUCACGGAAAGAAAAGUAGAAUUACCUUCCGCUGGGAAGAAUCUGGCUAAUUUAAACAUUUAUCUAAGGGGCGUGUUAAUUAAAUGUGCCUAAUGAAUUUGUACCUUAAUUAAACAUUAAACGAAUAUAAUAAUCAUCAUGAAAACUGAUUCGACAUCCCAUGUUUUUGGAAUUCGAAUAAAGAGCGCUGCAAGUUAAUUUGUGUCUAGGACAAAAGAGUUUAAGGACUGCAAUAAUUUAUUUUUAACUAUUUAUAAUUAUUUAUAAACUUUUAUUGUUUAU